GAUCUAACAACCUCGGUCCGCAGUCAGCCUAUCAGAGCCCGGCGCACGUGACGAGCGUUCUUUGCGAUGACCUCAUCCCUGAUGUGGGAUGACGUCAAAUUCAAAAUGGAUGGAAUCACGACAGUCACACGCUCUACGGAAUUCUGCAAGAAAGUCUAGCUGGUGGGGCUCGCGGGGAACGCAGACACGGCGAAAGGGGUGAACACCAUGGAGGGGCUGACUCAUUACAUUAACCCAGCACAUGCCGUGUCCUUGCUCAGCUCUCUAAAUGAACAGCGUUUGAAAGGGAAACUCUGUGAUGUUCUUCUGAUCGUGGGGGAUCACAAAUUCCGAGCUCACAAGAGCGUCCUGGCAGGGAGCAGCGAGUAUUUCCACUCACUGUUCGCCAGGGGAGACGGUGAAGCCCGGUCCGUAGUCCAGCUCGAUUUCUGUGAACCAGAUGCCUUUGAGGAUGUGUUGAAUUACAUCUACUCCUCUUCCAUCGUUGUUGAAAAGGACUGCCUAGCAGCGGUCCAGGAACUUGGAUACAGCCUUGGGAUCUCCUUUCUCACCAACAUCCUGUCCAAGAAGCCACAAGCCUUGUACGCUGGCUCCAGGAGGAAGGCACCCUUCUCUGAGGAGGACAAGAGUGGUUUGCAAAAACAGAGUGUCAUUGUGUGCCAGGGUCGGAGUGAUAAACCACGUCCGAGUUCAGCACAAGGGAAACGGCCAAGCCCAACGCCACUGUCUGAUUUAAAACAGUUUUCCACCAUAAAGUGCAACAAGACAUCUACUAGUCAAAACAUAAGUGAAUCUGGUCAAGCUUGGGCAAAAGACAGCAGUGCUUCUUCGGGUAAUAACAAAGAACAUGGAACUCCAGCGAGCGUCUCACCUGUCAGGAAGCCCUCCGGUGUCAUUGAGGGUCUUGUCAGAAUGACCAGCCCAGCCACUGUUUUGCAGAUGGGGAAGCCCAUCCAGACGUCGCCUAUGAGGCCGCAGUUGGCCACUUCUUUCUCCUUUAACGAUUCGAGAACAUUGCAGGAGAGAGUGCAGCCGAACAGCACUGGCCAUAGAGACCACAGAACCCUGGCGCAUCAUUCCAGUGUAGGACCCCAUGCUUCUCCAGGAAGGCCAGGACCGGACAGACAGAGAAUCGACAGGAGCGGCCCACUUGUGAAGAGUCUCUUGCGCAGGUCAUUGUCUAUGGAUAGCCCGGUUCCUUUCCAUUCCCCAGCUUUCGAAUUGAAAUCUAUGCAAGCCCCAGAAGAAACCGUGCUUCAACCAGGGCCUGAAAAGUCUGCUGAGCACAAACACGUCAAGGAGAAGCCAAAGGUUAUUCAGCCACCACACCGUAGACCUGGUGUUUUCAGCAAGCCGUCUGAAACAGAGGUCCACGUGAAAACAGAACCAAGCAGCCCACUCGCGGAUCCUUCUGAGAUAAUAAGAGUGACCGUCGGGGAUAGUUUGCUGGUAAACACGAGAGACCUGCAGAUGAACACUGAGCACCUUAGAAAUGUAACCAAGCACUCUUUUAAAAGGAAGUCCCGGCCAGACGGCAAGAGAAUCCAGUCUAAGAAAUCCAAGUACAUUAUCGACGAUGGCGAUUUCGGAAUGGAACACACCAGACGUGCCACAGCUCCCCGCCAUUCCGAUACGGAAGGAGGUCCCGAAUUAAACGAAACGAGGCAGAGCAGGAUAUUUAAAUGCUGGAGCUGUCUGAAGAUAUUCAGAUCCAACACUGGACUCUAUCGGCACGUGAACAUGUAUCACAAUCCCGAGAAGCCGUAUUCCUGCGACAUCUGCCACAAGCGUUUCCAUACAAACUUUAAAGUGUGGACACACUGCCAGACUCAGCACGGCGUGGUGAAGAACCCGGCCCCUGCUUCCAGCUCUUACUCCGUCUUGGAUGAAAAGUUUCAGAGGAAGCUCAUAGACAUCGUAAGAGAAAGGGAAAUAAAGAAAGCCUUGAUGGCCAAGUUGAGACGGAACAAGCAAGGACUAGGUGGCUCCCAAGCUCAGCAUUUUCCCAAAAGGGGCCUGAGGCCAAAACCUAAGAACUACUUCUGUGUCUACUGUGGAAAGGUGUUCCGUUUCCACUCACAGUUCAAGCAGCACAUAAAGAUGCACCCUGGGGAAAAACCUGCAACAGAAGUCGAUGAAGAAAGGGAAGAAGGUGGCGGUGGUGGUGGUGAUCAUCUGACCAUAGAGCAGGAGCCGCCCAGCAGCCCCAGUCCAGGGAAAACACAAGAAAUGUACCCUUGCAAACUUUGCAAUGCGAAACUGCCCUCGCCAGUGGAACAGGGAGACCACGAGAGACUCUGCAGGCAUGCCACCGUGUGCCCGUACUGCAAUCUGAGGUUCACCACCCCAGAGUUAAAGAGAGAACACGAGGGCCAGUGUGAAUACAAAAAGCUCACCUGUCUUGAAUGCAUGCGCACCUUUAAGUCCUCCUUCAGCAUCUGGCGUCACCAGGUCGAGGUUCACAAUCAAAACACGAUGACCCCGAAAGAGCGCCUGUCCCUCAGUCCCGCCGAUCUCAACGGGGAAACGCCCGAGGAAGCUGCGAGACUGGAACCCGAGUCUGCAGAAGCGAGGGGUGCACGCGACUCCUCGACAGUUUCCAAAGAUGACCCGGUCCUCAGCGAUUCUUCGGAACAGAUGCAUUUUGAGGACUCUGACGAUUCCCUGAACGCUCCAGAGGAUCUGAGCCUCUCCCGGAAGUUGGAUUUGAAAAUCAAAGAGGAGCCAGCGGAGGAAGCUGUGGAGGUCGUGGAGGACGACGAGGUCUCCGAGCCUGGGGUGGAACCGAAGGACGAUGCCGCUGGCAUGGAAGUAAACAUCUGGACAUGUGAGAAGUGCGGCAAGAUCUUCGCUGUGCACAACCAGCUCGAGCGUCACCAGGAGCUGCUGUGUCACAUCAAGCCCUUCGUGUGUCACAUCUGCAACAAGGCCUUCAGAACCAACUUCCGUCUCUGGAGCCACUUCCAAUCCCACAUGGCCUCCUCGGAAGAGCUGUCGUCAAAGGAAGCCGAUCCACCACACCCCUCCUCUGCCUCCCCAUCACCUCCCCCACCUACACCCGCACCCCCACAGCCAGUAUCGCCCCCUUCCAGGGUAAAGAAACCCGAGGCGGAGAGAGCUAGGAGGGCCUCCUUCUCCUCUUUCUCCACCCCGAAGCCAAGCGAUGCUGAGAAAUCCGUCACCCCGCAGGAGUCGGACACUCUCUUCUACCACGCCCCUCCACUUUCGGCAAUUACCUUCAAAAGACAGUUCAUGUGCAAACUCUGCCACCGGACCUUCAAGACAGCCUUCAGUUUGUGGAGCCAUGAACAGAGCCACACUAAUGUAUAACCAGGAACGAUUCGGUGCAGGAAUGAAAGUACUGCUCUUGCUGUGCUGAAGUCUUGCACUUGCCCAUUACGACAGCACUUAGGAUGAGGUGGAGCGUCACGUGGCGCAGCUAGUCAUCGCAAUGCUAAGGGUUAAGGGAUCCCAGAGGUGUCUAUAACAAUGUCUCUUAAUAAUGCCUUGUGUGACGUUGUCUCAUUGAAGGAUUUGGGGAUUUAUAAUACGUCUCUCAACAUCUCUGAAUAUCUCAGUUGUUUCUGAGCAGUGCAGAAUGGUUUUAUUCAGAAUAUGCAGGAGUAGAUAUUGGAUCUUAAAAUAACUGGGGUUUGGUUUACAGUUGGUCAUUCAAACAAAAGAAAAGUGACACGUGCAAAACCGAUAAUGAAUCUGAAUUUAUUCUGCUAAGUAACAUCGUAGAAGUAAUUAUGGCAGUAGAGCAAUAUCACAAGUAUUGCAGCCGUGUUUGGAAAGUAGUCCUUGUCACUAUCUAGAGUUGAAUCACUUCUAGCAAUAAGAGAACCAUUCUGAAACCUCAUUUUUAUACCUUGUAUACACAUGUAGAAAAACCCCUCAAUACUUUGCAGUCACAGCGGGAGAAGCUGUCACCCACAAUGCUGUUGUUUUGUAUUCGAUGCCCAGCUCUGUGGGAGGGAUGUUGGAUUUGAUUUGGGAUUUGAAAUAGGAACUUCCUGUUUGCAUGCUGAGGUUGCCUGCCUCUUUCUGGUUUUCUGAUGUUUGCAAUCAUUCUUCGUGGUUUGAAUUGCAAUCACUCCGCUGCUGCGCUGGUGUGCUUCACCAGAGUCAAGCAGCUGCUCUUCGCUUCAGUUUGCAUGCCACGGACAUGUGGAACACUGGCUACAUCAGCCACGUGUCUUCUUACACGUACUGCCAUACAGUGAUCAGCCACGUUGGAUCAAGAUUCCUUUUGUAUUGCUGGCAAUACACUAGCUGUGCACUAGAUGGGGUUGGUGCUCGACUAAUAUAAGGAAUACAUUGGCAGAUCUGCCCUAUGUUACAUGUAUCCUAAUCCUCUUCGAUCACUGUGUGUAUAACUGAACCAUGUUAAGUUUCCUAUCUAUAUAUCUAUUUUACAAAUACAUAUAGAUGUUUUGGGGGUUUUUUUCUAAGUUUUGGCAGGUCAACUUUUUGAACCCCAAAACUAUUUUCAGAUUUCCUAAAAAAUGUAAUUAAGAAAUCGAGAGCGAAGGUGAUAGGACUAGAAGCGAUGAGCAGAUCCUAAACUCAGGUAAAAACACCCUUUCGAUCAUUUCGCCAUUUUUCGGAAUUUGAAAACAGUUUGUGUGAACUCUAUGGACUUCAGGAAGUUCCCUGCCAAAAUGCUAAUUGUACACGCAGUGACUGAAGGGGAUAUAAAAAGUACACACAACACACACGCUCUGAGUAAGAACCUAUAAGAACCACUCUGAAUGAUUGCUACCAGGUAAGAGGACUGGCCUUUUAAAACAAGAGAGGGAGGAUGAAUGUGAUCCUGCUUGCUCUGGGAGUUGAUUCUCACUGGAAGGCAGAUUGCUGUUUAACAAAGUUAAAUCACCUGGCAUUUUCUGUAGAUUUAGCUUGUGCUCUGCUCUGCAGUGCACACAUAAAUACUAAAAUGCAUUUGCAUACUGUACAGCUUAUUACUUUUCAAUAGGUUACAGUUUGCUGAUGCUAUUGUAAAAGCCCUAGUGAAUAUUGUCACCAAGGAAAUGUAUCUUCUAGUCUGCAUCAUCAUCAUCAUACACAAUAUAUGUGCAAGUGACAUAGGGUUAAAAACAAGCAUCAGCAAUGUGUUGCAAUAGUCAGUGUUAAAUCAAGGUGCAAAAGCAAGGAAUAUGAAACUGAAGAUCUCUCCUCCUCCCUGGAACCAGUGAAUUAUUUCACUCUUGCAUCAGCCCCUAAUGAAUCCCCUUGGAUCUCGCACUUGUUGCCUUGUAGCCACAAAGGCUAAGCGCCUCAUUAUUAUAUCUAUUUAUUUAUUGUUCUGUGGGCGCAGGGAUAUUAGUCCUUAUGAAAGCCACUGUUUCAUUUAAACACAGCUUCUUUAUAAGCCACACUAUUGAAAUGUUUUGGUUCAUGGAGGGCAGAGUUCUAUUUUGUUACCAAAAUAGGUUCAAAUAAGUUCAGUAUAAUAGCACAAGUGCUCUUGCAGAACACACAGUCACACAACACGCGUGUGCAUUGUAUGUUAGUGUGUCUGUGUGUGUGCGCUCAGCUUCUCUUUAGCGCUACAGUCUCAGCAUUCAUGAAAUAAACCUUGAUAACAUGCUGUACUGCUGCAGACUGCACAGUGUAACACAUGACCUUGAUAACAUGCUGUACUGCUGCAGACUGCACAGUGUAACACAUGACCUUGAUAACAUGCUCUACUGCUGCAGACUGCACAGUGUAACACAUGACCUUGAUAACAUGCUCUACUGCUGCAGACUGCACAGUGUAACACAUGACCUUGAUAACAUGGUGUACUGCUGCAGUCUGCACAGUGUAACACAUGCAUGUUUCUGUAAAUGAAACUCUCUCAUGCAUCAACUCUGUUCACUUGUUCAGAGUUCUAGAACUUAACCCAUUAAGUGCCAUUGUCCUCAUUUCAGGACAGGCUGCUUUGUCAUUUAUAACUGGCAUCUACAGUGUAUCUGUUUUAUUUUCCUCUUUAACUAUAUUGUAAUGAUAACUUACUCUCAUUUUGUUAACCGCAAGAGUUAAGUCUAAAUGCAACGCAUCAAAUGACCUAAAUACAGCUUGUGUUCUGAUGUUUUUUUUUUGGUUGAAGACAGGUUUUAGAAAUCGUUUUAAAGUGAUUUGGACAGCAUUCGGGUUUCCGUUUGUCUUUUUUUCCAGCAGUCCAGUAGUAAUACCUUUAUUAUCUUUGUCUGUUUUUUUCUUUCUGUUUGAAUGGUGCACCAGGGGAAAUGCUUCCUUUCCAUUGUUGUGUUAUUCUGCCUAUUUUUCAUUCUAAUUGCUAAUUGCUAAUUCUGAUGCUAAAUAGACUAGGGGCCGUGAAAUGCUCACAGUGUUAAUAUAUUCUUGCUUAGCUGGGACAGCUUUGUGGUGUGCUUGGCAUUCAAUUGAUUUACAGCCAAUGUUAUUUUUAAAUGUGCCAGCAACUCCAAAAUGUACUAACUUUGCUUUUGCUAAGCAUUUAAAAAAAAAAAAAAAAACCUAUGUAGAUGAGCAUGUGGAGAAAAGCACGUCAAAACUGAGAAAUACUUUUUUGUUUAUAUAUUUUAAAAUGCAACUGUGUUCUUAAAUAUUUUUUUUUGGGGGGGGGGGGGGAGUGUCUCUAUGGUGUAUGGUAGAAAGAUCUAAUUCUAUGUUUUGUUUUGUUUUUCCAAAGAAUUGUAUUUAAUAUUGCACAGAGAGGAAACCCUUUUGUCCUUGAAUAAUAUUGUAUAUUAAUGUGAGGGUUUAAAUGCAGUGAAGUCCAGCCUUAGUAAACUGGGUGCUGUAUCAGUACUCUUCUAACCCUGCCGAGCCCUUUGAGACUGAUGGGAUUGGACAGUCCUGUGGCACGGAGCUUUCUAAUCAGCAUGUGAAAUGUAUACUGGACCUUGUAGGCUUCACUGCUGACUGGUGUCAGCUUAAACGUUUGGCAUGUUUCCCUUUCUUGGUUACACCCUCACUGCGGUGUGAAAUGUCCUUAAAGCGUACCUUAAGAACAGUGGGUCGGUCCGUGGAAUACUGGAAUACCAGAGCGGAUUUUUGAGUUGUCCUGAAAAUACAUUGUGUAGAAGCUGUUGUUUUGAUCACCCAGCAUUGCGAUUGGAUGAUCUAUGGGUGAUCCUUUGAAAACAGCCAGUCUUGCAAUUGGAUGAUCUAUGGGUGAUCCUUUGAAAACAGCCAGUCUUGCGAUUGGUUGAUCUAUGGGUGAUCCUUUGAAAACAGCCAGUCUUGCGAUUGGUUGAUCUAUGGGUGAUCCUUUGAAAACAGCCAGUCUUGCGAUUGGUUGAUCUAUGGGUGAUCCUUUGAAAUCAGCCAGUCUUCCACACCUGUUUAGGGUGAGGGGGGUCUAACUGUCACCACGGUUGAGAUUAUUAAUGCAGGGCACUGUUGCGUAUGAAGGUGCUGGAAAUCAAGCAUCUAAAGCUGGGGAACUCAAAGCCACUUUUAGGCUUGGAACUUGGUUUCAGGAGACUAAGUUUCAGGCCACUGCACGGCACACCAGGGGAGACUUGGGGUUUGAUACAGCAAAGCUGCCUCAGACUAGGUAAUGAUUUAAACAACAAUGAUAUUUCGAUCCCCCUCCCUUUAGAUCAGUCAGUGAGAUCCCUUGUGCAAGGAGCUUUUAGACACGUGUAGAAAAGUAAACGACUUCCCAGGGAGCAUCUCAAGAUGCGUCUGCAAAGACAGCCGUCGUGUCCGCUGGUAGAAAUCUCAGUCGUACAAGACGGGCAGUUGCAUGAGUGCACAACCAUGGAAAACUGACAUCAGGAAUAGGAAACACUACAAGUUAGAGGAGAGGAUUGCUUAAAAAGUGAACCAUUGAUCUGCUUCCUGCAGCUGCUUAUGAAGAGCCACAGCAGCUCCACACCUGCACAAGGGCUGCUCCCAAAUAGUGGAGGGAUGGAGCCGCCUGCAGAGCAGCGAUGUCUGUCGUAGGUGUGCACAACACCUAAUUCAACCCCACAAAACUGCCCCGCUAGCGAGUGCUCUGUGUGUCCUUCUAAUGACAUGAACCUGCUGUUCUGUUUCAUCCUGGCAUUUCAUUCAUGGAUGAAAUGUAUGAACAUGUUAUGUUUUUUGGACACUAAAAUAUGCUUGCUUUAAAAUCAAACCUCUCGCUUUGUUGAUUAACAUUUAUUGCUAAUUCUGAUUUUUUUUUUAAAAUUACAUCACCAAUGCGAUUCUUUUUUUUUUUUAAUAUGCAAUUUUUAUAUCUUGCAGGGACCAUUAGCACUUAUAAAAACAAACACAUCUGAAAACAUCACUGACUUUAAACAAGCAAACUUUUAUUAAGAGGCUACCCGUUAGAGAUACUAAGCACUUGUUGAUUUCAUGAAUACUUUUUAUAAAAAGCUUGUUUCAGGUUAGUUCUUGUUCACUUAUACAAGUACAUGCUUUGAACAAUUAUUAGACACUGAAUGUGUUCUGCGGAGGAGUUUAAUGCCAUGUGUGCUAGCGUUCUGUACUCUAUACUUUAGCCCCUUAGACUAUUCUACAUUAACAGCGCUGCAAUGACCUUGCUCGUAUUUGUAAUGACUCGGAUUGCAGUAGCGGUCCUGUUUUUUUUAAGGUAUAAAUUGCAGUGUUUUGUGUUAGUGCUUUUUCUACUGUACAUGUCAUUGGUUUCUUAGCUGCUGAAAUAAAAGCCAACAAGUCA